AUGGAUGAGAUUGCAAAGGAAUACGACGUCAUCGUGCUGGGCACUGGACUGACCGAGUGUAUUCUCUCUGGUGUCUUCAGCGUCAAGGGCAAGAAGGUCCUCCACAUCGACCGGAAUGACCACUAUGGCGGAGAGGCGGCAUCCGUGAACCUCGAGGCGCUCUUCAAGAAGUAUGGCAACUACCGCGAAGGCGAGGAGCCCUGGAAGCAGUAUGGCCGCCUCAACGACUGGAACAUCGACCUCGUUCCCAAGUUCCUCAUGUCCUCGGGCGAGUUGACCAACAUCCUCGUCUCCACCGACGUGACACGAUAUCUCGAGUUCAAGCAGGUUGCCGGCAGCUACGUCCAGCAGGGCUCUGGAAGCAAAGCUACCGUCGCAAAGGUGCCUUCUGACGCCCCGGAGGCUCUGAAGUCCCCCUUGAUGGGUAUCUUUGAGAAGCGACGCAUGAAGUCCUUCAUCGAGUGGGUCGGCACUUUUGACAUCAACGACCCCGCGACACACAAGGGUCUCGACAUCAACGGCUGCACCAUGAAGGAUGUCUUUGACAAGUUCGGACUUGAGACAACUACCAAGGACUUCAUUGGCCACGCCAUGGCCCUGUACCUCACUGACGACUACAUCACCACCCCCGGCCAGGCCCCCGAGGCCAUCGAGCGCAUCCGCCUCUACGGCAACUCGGUUGCUCGAUAUGGCAAGUCCCCUUACAUCUACCCUCUCUACGGUCUCGGCGAGCUCCCCCAGGGCUUUGCCCGUCUGUCCGCCAUCUACGGUGGCACUUACAUGCUCAACACCCACGUCGACGAGAUUCUGUACGAGGGCGACAAGGCUGUUGGUAUCAAGGCCACCAUGUCUGGUGUUGAGGAGAUGAAGUUUGAAACCAACGCCAAGCUCAUCCUCGGUGACCCUUCAUACUUUGUCGACAAGACCAAGGUUGUCGGCCACGUUCUCCGUGCUAUCUGCAUCCUGAAGCACCCUCUGGCUGGCACCAACGACAGCGACUCGGCCCAGCUCAUCAUCCCCCAGUCCCAGGUCGGCCGCAAGAACGACAUCUACAUCGCCUGCGUUUCGUCCGCCCACAACGUCUGCCCCAAGGGCUACUGGAUCGCCAUCGUCUCCACCAUCGCCGAGACCACGGCUAACCAUCACCUUGAGCUCCAGCCCGGUCUGGACCGCCUCGGAAAGAUCGAGGAGCAGUUCAUGGGCCCUCCCAUCCCCAUCUACGAGCCCAACUCGGACGGCACCAAUGACAACAUCUUCAUCUCCAAGAGCUACGACGCCACCAGCCACUUCGAGACCACCACCGACGACGUCAAGGACAUUUACCGUCGCGCGGCUGGCGAGGAGCUCAAGGUUGAGGGCUUGAGGGACGGCAUCCAGGUCGCCGAGGAUCAGUAG